AUUUAUUUCACAUUUCAACGUGCUAGAGUGAUGUUGCUCUAAUUUAUGUGUUUCUGUAUUCUUCUUAUUUUGUAUGGACAUAUUAGGUUCGCAUUAUUGCUGCUCAAGCUCUUACAACGGUAGCAAUCCGGUCUGGUGAGCCAUUUAGGCUACAAAUAUAUGAGUUUUUACAUGCCUUAGCACAGGGUGGUGUGCAGUCUCAGUUAUCUGAAAUGCAUCUAAGUAAUGGAGAAGAUCAAGGAGCCAGUAUUACAGGACUUGGAGUUCUAAUAACUCCUAUGAUCAAAAUUCUUGAUGAAAUGUAUAGUGCACAAGAUGACCUAAUCAAGGAAAUACGAAACCAUGAUAAUGCAAAUAAAGAAUGGAAAGAUGAAGAGCUUAAAAAAUUAUAUGAAACCCAUGAGAGGUUGUUGGAUCUUGUUUCAUUGUUUUGUUAUGUUCCACGAGCAAAGUAUCUCCCUUUGGGGCCAAUAAGUGCAAAGCUUAUCGACGUAUAUCGCACACGGCAUAAUAUUAGUGCAUCAACUGGUUUGAGUGAUCCAGCUGUUGCCACUGGAAUUUCUGAUCUUGUUUAUGAAUCCAAACCGGCUGCUACUGAAUCUGAUACGCUCGAUGAUGAUCUAGUAAAUGCUUGGGCAGCCAACCUUGGUGACGUCCCGGCAGUGAACAGGGUCAAUGAAUUUCUUGCCGGUGCUGGAACUGACGCACCAGAUGUUGAUGAGAACAUUGUCUCUAGACCUUCCGUUACUUAUGAUGACAUGUGGGCCAAGACACUUUUGGAGAGUACAGAAAUGGAGGAAGAUGAUGUCAGGUCAUCAGGAUCUUCUUCUCCCGAGUCAACAGGAUCAGUUGAAACUUCCAUAUCAUCUCACUUUGGUGGAAUGAACUAUCCUUCAUUGUUCAGUUCCCGACCAACUACUUAUGGGGGUUCACAACCAUCGGAGAGAUCAGGUGGAAGUAGGUUUAACAAUCCUUCAUCUAUGUAUGAGGGCUAUGGUUCUCCAAUUAGGGAAGAACCUCCACCGUAUACAUCACCUGAACGGUAUGAUUCAUUUGAAAACUCCUUAGCUGGCCACGGGUCCCGCAGUUUUGAAUCCCGGGAUGAUGAUCGCGGGUCUUCUGGAAACCCACAAUUCGGGACUGCAUUGUAUGAUUUUACUGCUGGCGGAGAUGAUGAGGUAAGUUGACUCUGCUAGUCAGGAUUGUCUUUGAAAUUUGAAGACGGUUCAUUGUUCAUAACAUAUUUGCUAGCUUGCCUUUGUUUUUUAU